AUGCGCUCGACGACGCUCCUCGCCGCCGUUCUGGCCAGCUCUGGCGCCGUAUGGGCGCAGAUGCUCAACAAGCUGGCCAAAGACGCCGGCCUGCUGUACUUUGGCACAUCCUUCAACCCCAGCGAGGUCAACGAUGCCCCCUACUACAAGCUCGCGAGCGAUCCCAACAUGUUCGGCCAGUGGACGCCCGACAACGCGCAAAAGUGGGACGCCACCGAGCCGAGCAAGGGCCGGUUCUCGUACGGCCAGGCCGACGCCACCAUCGGCAGGGCCACGCAGAACGGGCAGAUCAUGCGGUGCCACACGCUGGUGUGGCACAGCCAGCUGCCGGGGUGGGUCGCAUCCGGAUCUUGGAACAGGAGCACCCUGACAGAUGUGAUCAACUCACACAUCAGCAACGUGAUGGGCCACUUCAAGGGGAAGUGCUACGCGUGGGAUGUCGUCAACGAAGCGCUGGAAGACAACGGCUCGUACCGCAACAGCGUGUUCUACCGUGUCCUCGGCGACAGCUACUUCGCCCUUGCCUUCAAGCAGGCAGCAGCCACCGACCCCGGCGCGAAGCUGUAUUACAACGACUACAACCUCGAGUACUUCCCCGCCAAGGCCGACGGCGCCGUGCGGAUCGCCAAGCUCGUGCAGGCGGCGGGCGCGCGCAUCGACGGCGUGGGCCUGCAGGCGCACAUGACGGUGGGCAGGACGCCCGCGCGCGCCAACCUGACGUGGACGCUCGGCAAGUACACGGCGCUGGGGCUCGACGUGGCCUACACGGAGCUCGACGUGCGCAUCGACCCGCUGCCCUCGACCGCGGGCAGCCUGGCCGCGCAGGGGCGCGAGUACGAGGCCGUCGUGGGCUCGUGCCUCGACGUGCCUCGCUGCGUCGGCAUCACGGUGUGGGGGUUCGGCGACGCGCACAGCUGGGUCCCCGGCACGUUCAGGGGCACGGGCGACGCGAACCUGUACGACAAGCAAGCUAGGCCCAAGCCGGCGUACUCUAGCGUGUCGGCCGUGCUGGCGAAGGCGAGCGGCAAGCGGCCGGCCUGGGGGAGCAAGCCCGCAACGACGGUGGCCAGGGUUCCGGAGGCGGCGGCGGCGGUCGUGACGGCUGCCCCGAUGUGA